AUGCCUGGUCUCCCCGAAUUUUGGCGAUCAUAUGCGCAGUUCGCGACCGCUCUGUGGCGUAUGUUCCCCCAACAGAAGCUCCCGAAGCUUGUGACGACUUUGGACGAGGAUGUGGAGAUGGCGGGCUUCCUGCCGCUGAAAAAGUUCGUUCCGAGUGAGGUUGUCGGAGCAACUACCGCUUCCAAAGACGUACCCGUUGAUGAUCGUAAUGGCGGACCUGCGAAGGUGAAGACGUUGCAGCCAGAGCAAGUGCAUCCAAACGAGGAGCAACUCAUGAGGAUCGCGGAUCUCCUUGCAGACGCACAAGCUCUCGCUAGGGACGAGCUUCUUGGUCGAAGGAACGUACUAUCUGCCCGCUGCAGAUCGACGACCCGCUCAGAAGAUCCGCCCGCCUCCGACGUCCCGCUCAAAGAACCUCCUCAGUUCCUACCGCAUCUGACAUACGAGCCCCGCAGUAUGGAUCGGGAUGAGGAUAACAUGACAGAUAUCACUCGCACGGAGGAUGAUCCUGUCGAUGCCGCUUUCCGCAAGGCGUUAGGUCCCCCAACUGAGGCCGGAGAUGAUGAUGAAGAGGAUGAGAUCGUGUGGGAACCCCGCGCGGCUCCCGUUCCUCCACCUAUCUCUCGGGAUCCGGUUGUUGUCUCCGCGCCGAAGAGUGUGCCGCCACCUGCGAUCUCACCCCCUAGGCCCCACGUCUCUAGCCCGGUUGCGCCCGCUCUAAGCCCGCGCAGUCCGCCUUCCCGGUCUCCCAACUUCGUCCCGAAGCGCAGUGUGGACCUCACGCCGCCUUCGGGGCUCCCGCCCAGUGCGUCGUCGCCUCCUGCCCACAUGCUGUUCGGCUCAAACCCUCUUGGCGGCGGUCCGUCGAUAUGGUCCUCGAGCGAGAGCGACGGGCUCGGCUUCCAGGGCGCCGCGGGCACCACAAGUGGCCCCUCGUAUCCGUCGUACCAGCUGCAGAGCCAGUCGCAGAUCGCGCACGUGCAGUCACCCGCGUACCCCCUGCAAUCCGCGCUCAGUCUCGGACACGGGUCUGUGCCUCUCGGAACGAGUCGCUCCUACAACGGGUUGCCGCCGGUCGGGCACAGCCAUCAACGCGUCCAGUCGCUGUCGUUGGGGCGCUCUCCAAUGUUUCCGUUGAGCCAGGGCCAGGAGUUGUACUCGUCCAGCCAGAGUCAGAACCAAAGCCAAAGUCAAAGCCAGAGCCAGCCGCUGCCGGACGGGUUCGGCUCGUACCCUGCGCUCACUGAGCACUCAGCCGUCGCGUACAGCACCGGCGUACCUGCUGCGUACGCCGACCCUGUGUAUUCCCGCAAGAUGGACGUCGGCUUCCUUCACCAAGGGACUAUGGGAUACGCCGAUCGCUCCCUCCCUUACCACGUCGACGCGAGGACGAACGGUACCCAGCCCGGGCCGUACCCCGCGCUGUCUUCGAUGGCCCAGCUGUGGAAUAAUGGCGGCUGGACAGCGUCGAUGCCGUGCAUCGGAAUCAUACUCCUAGACUAUCUCUCCGCGAACGACUGCAGCACCUACUGCGUCGCGUGA